AUGGAGAUCAACAGCAACGACAACAAUCCGAGCAACACAAAAAAUACUAGCAGUGACAACAAUAGCAACAGUGUUCCGUCCGUGAAGCAACCACCUGAAGACGAUUCUUUUAUUGCGGCAUUACUUGUGGUCGGGUUCCAUCAUGCCCAUGGACCCAUUGUCGAGUUUUGCGUCCCACCUUUGCCACAACAAGACAACAACACCCAGCAAACAACUUUGGAAAAGUUAAAGGUGCCCGAAGAGUGGAACUUUCUACCGUUUCUUGCACUCCCUGAUGGUGCGCAUCAAAAGGACGAGGACUUUGCUUACUUUCACUUGCCGCCCGUCCCAGGAUGGCCUGUAGCAGAGACUACAUUGUUUGGAAUAUCGUGCAACCGUCAAAUUGCUGCGAAAGAUUUGCUGGUGAAAACACCCGAUGUUACUCGGUCAAUCGUUCAAAAAGCUGUAGUUGUUUUGGCACGUCAGCCCAUUUUUGGCCCACUUCGACAGAAAUUAGCCGUCAUCACUUCUGCAUGGUUUAAUCAGAAGGACUUUACACAACUGGAUAUCCUUUAUGAUUUUUAUCGGAACCUUCAAUCAACCUAUCGCGGCCCAAUUGACGAUUCUACGCUGUACAUGGGCACAUCAUUACGUGAGUUGUUGCACAAGUUCAAAAGCAAGACAUUAAUGCUGCUCAAGUUGUUAUUGUUGGAAAAGCGAAUACUCUUUUAUGGAUAUCCAGUGGAACGAUUAUGCACUUUUGAGUACUCUCUUAUGUCCUUGGUACCAGGACUUUUACGCUCGUUACAAGAUUCUGGCGACCCAGAUCUCGAUACGUCAAAGAAGUUCCUAAGAACGACAGAGGCAAAGGAACUUUCCAGUGGCAAUAAAGAGAGCUUGUUGAAAUUCAUGGGGCUGCCAUUAAGGCUUUUUGAAAAGGGAUCGUUCUUCCAACCCUAUCUACCACUUCAACAAAUAGACAUUCUUUCGUCCGAAAAGACAAAAUCAUACGUUAUCGGUACAACGAACCAAAUCUUUUUCCAUCACAAAAGCGAUAUCAACAUUGAUGUUUUAGUCAACGUUGAAACUGGGUCAUUAGAGUUCCACAAUCAACGUUUAUCCGCCAUGGUAGGACCCACUAUGGCUGAUCGUCGAUGGAUGGAGAAUAUCGUAAGAGUGGUUAACGACACAUGGGAUGAAAGUGAUCCAAGUCGACCGAUGCAAAACACUUAUCUGGGAUCGGACGAUUAUCUUCGUGCACGCUUUGAGGAGUACAUACUGUCGCUAUUAUCGAGUAUGAAGCACGCCCAGGAUGCAAAUCUGAUCCCUGAUGGCUGGUGUCACUCAUACUUACACACAAUGCACUCUAUCAUGACAGAGAAAAAUUACCUGUCGGAUUACGGAAUGAGUUGGCUGAUGGCAUGGCGCGAAACCAACAAUUUUACCCUGUGGAACCAAUAUACCGAUCAUGAAAUCUAUGAAAUUGUCGAACCUGGGCAUCCCGGGAUGGGCAACAUAUCCAUUUCAGACAUACAAAAUACCUUAUCAAACCGGUUACGUGAUUUACAAUUGAGACAGAACCUUGCACCAUUACGGCAAACGUUAUCUCGUGCAGUAUCAGGCGGCGCCAAAGCCAUGUCUACUGGCCGUUCACGAUUAUUCCGUGGGAUGGAUGCUUUGUGGAACGAGUUUGAACGUGGCGCUAAUGAUGAGGCACCACGACGAUCUUCAGCAGAUACAGCCAAUCCAAACGCAAGCGGUAAGAAUCAGGAAAGGGAGCUAUUGAACAGGAAAAAGGCUUAA